GAGACACGUGCGUCAAACAGAUCAUAACAAAAUGUUUGUUUAUGCUGCUAGUUGGCGUCUCCACAUGCAGAUCACAACAACUUGAAGUUGUGUCAAAGGAUGCUGUCCAGGAAAUCAUCAAGGACACGAAAUAUGUCCUAGUUUUAUUUUUUUAUGACAUGGAGACAUGCCCAUGGUGUGUAGCAGCAGAGAAGGAACUUCUUAAGGUGAACACUAUGCCAGAUCUAUAUGACCAUGCUAUUCUGAUCAUCAAGUGUGAGGAUCCAGGGACAGCUGUAAAAUAUGGCGUAACAACAGUACCUCAGGUGGUCUACUUCAGAGACGGGGUGCCAGCUCUUUUUGAGGUUCCUCAAAAUGCUCGAGAGAUCCGGACAAUGGAUGUGGAGAUUUUUGUGGAGGAGGCUCAGCAGGUAGCAAUAAAGACACUCGAUGAUGACAGCUUUGAGCACCUGACACAGGCCGCAACAGGGGCAACCACAGGGGACUGGCUGAUCAUAUUUUACCGACCAUCUUGUGAUAGCCAUCUUUCUGCAGUUGAAGGGGCAGGCAUUAAGUUGAGACACAAAAUGAAUGUUGCAAAAAUAAAUCUUGAUGGGAGUCCUCGUCUCGAAAAACGUUUCAAAAUUAAGGACUGUCCUACAACGUAUUUUUUCCGACUUGGACGCAUGUACCACUAUUUCUCAGAGGAUCCCGAUCAGUAUCGUGUGCACCAACUCAUUAGUUUUGUUUCUACCUGGUACAAAAAUGUCAAGGCAGAGAGUGUACCUAUAGAGCCGACAGCUUUUGAUGCACUUACAGAAGGUAUAGCUGAUUAUUUAAAGGACUUGAUGCAUGGUCCAAACAGGGGAAAGUUUCUGCUAGGACUUGGCUUCAUUCUGGGGAUUGUCUCCCUUGUCUUAGCUAUUGUUGCGGCCACAUGUCCCUGUCGGAGGAAGGAAGUUAAAUUAGAAUAAUAAAUUGAUUUCUAAAUUAUUAUUUAAUUGAAACAUCUGUGAUUGAAUCCUGUUUUUUCAACUUCUGUGAAAUGGCUGAACAAAUUUUCACUAGACAGACCAAAAUAUAUCUUCAGUCACUGAAUGUUUUUCGCCCAUGGCAGUCAUCUGUUGUCGUGUAUGAACAAAUAGGUCCAGAAUUAUGGUAUUGGGAUGGUAGCCUGUUGGUGUGAAGGGCUAUACUUGCAAGUUUGUUCAAACGCAUAACCUUGACAUACUUCUCAGUAACAAAGAGGUCCAGGGUCAUAAUAUUGUAGCAUGCUUGGAUGACCUAUAGUCAUCAUGCUUCAUCUGGCAUCGUGCAUAAACUUUUCAUUCAAACAACUUCUUCUCAGUAACCAGAAAUCCCAGGGUACUGAUAUUAGGCCAGUAGCAUGCUUGGAUAAAUGGUCGGAUUGUAUCAAUUGACAAUUGGUUUUCUGUUGAAGUUAUCUCCCUUUUACAUACAAUUGUUAAGUGUUGUUUUAUCUUAUUGAUUAUCAGACGAUUACUAAUUAAUGGUCGGAUGGUAUCAAUUGAAAAUGAUUCCUAGAUAUAUCUUUAUUGAUAAGAAAGAUAAUAUACCAUAUAAAUAUAUUCCUAUAUAAAGAUGAUACACGGUUUUAGAUAGAGCAAAAUGUGCAAUAUGCAUGUGAAUGGUACUACUGGCGCCGAAUAGCCCGACACAUAAAUAGCCAGCUACGAAAUGUGCUCGUCAGCCGAAUGGCCGGGAGGCCGUAAUAGUGGACGUAAAAAAAACUCUUUACAUAAAUAAAUAAUAUGCUUGAGGCAGAUUGUCCUGCUGAAAAAUGGGCGUGAUUCUGACUGAAACUGGCAGGUUUCAAUAAAUCCCGGUAGCUACAAAGGCUCAACAAAUAACUAGGAUAUCUUUGCACAGUACAAGCCAUUGAAACAGAAACAAAGUUGUAGAGAAAACGACUAGAUGCCUCUCUGGAUACAGGGAGCGAUUGAGAAGCCUUAUGUUAAAUAGUAAUAGUAGAUUAUAUCAUGAGGGGCACAUGACCUUAAGGAUGGGGUGAUGUAAGGAAAAUUGGUUUUCUGUUGGAGUUAUCUCCCUUUUACAUACAAUUGUUAAGUGCUGUUUUAUCUUAUUGAUUAUCAGACGAUUACUAAUUAAUGGUCGAAUUUUCUCAAUUGAAAAUGAUUCCUAGAUAUAUCUUUAUUGAUAAGAAAGAUAAUAUACCAUAUAAAUAUAUUUCUAUAUAUAAAGAUGAUAUACGGUUUUAGAUAGAGCAAAAUGUGCAAUAUGCAAAUGAAUGGUACUACUGGCUCGCCGAAUAGCCCGACACAUAAAUAGCCAGCUACGAAAUGUGCUCGUCAGCCGAACGGCCAGGAGGCCGUAAUAGUGGACGUAAAAAAACUCUUUAAAUAAAUAAUAAUCUGGCAGGUUUCAAAUCCCGGUAGCUACAAAGGCUCAACAAACAACUAGAAUAUCUUUGCACAAUACAAGCCAUUGCAAAGUUUGAUCAAAAUCCCUCCAAGAAUGAAGCCGCUAGAGCACUGACAAACUUUGGGGUUACGUACAAGACGGACGGAGAGAGACCUUUAGUCCCACAGUUUCACUGACAGUGGACCUUAUUCAAAUCAAAAUGCUGGAGGUGUUCUGACAAUCAAAGACGGGAAUAAACAAAGAAAAAAGUCCA